AUGAAAUCCCUGAACUGUCUGCCGUUACAGGCGCUGCAAUCUCGGUUCGGCUAUGAAUAAAAGCGAAACUGUGGUCGUUACAGGUUUUGGACCUUUUCGACAGUUCUUGACCAACACCAGCUGGGAAGCCGCCAAGGGGUUAAAACUGAUCGGACUGGGGGAGAAGGUUGACGUCCACGUGAGGGAGUUACCAGUGAGUUACUUGAAAACCCAGAAAAUUAUUGGUGAGCUCUGGCACACGCUUAACCCAAAGUUUGCUGUACAUCUGGGUUUGGCCAGAGGCUCCAGUGUGGUGAUUUUGGAGCAAACGGGGAAGAACACUGGCUACAGAGACCGAGAUGUCUGCGGCUACUGUCCAGAGACUCGCUGCUGCGUCGAAGGGGGGGCACAGAAGCUGGAGUCAGUCAUUAACAUGAGGGCAGUCUCAAAGCACUUCAGACAAGCAGGGAUGGAUGUAGUUUAUUCAAGAGAUGCUGGCAGGUACCUGUGCGAUUUUGCAUAUUACUGCUCACUGUAUCACGGUCAGGGGAGAGCAGCCCUCAUCCAUGUACCCACAUCUGGUACCUUGGCCUCAGCUGACAGACUGGUGCCUCUGCUGCAAGCCCUCAUUCAGAAGAUCCUGGAACAGCUGGAGGAGCAUUCAAAAACAAGAGAUCCCCCUUUUGUGUCAAUGAGAUCUACUGAGGUGACUGAACCAGCAGCAUUACUGUAAGUAUCAGUUACAACGGGCCAGACAAAAAAAACGGGGGGUGCAGACUUGACUUUUGAUAGAGCAAAACAACUCUGAACGGACAGCGAGGGAGUGGCACCGAUAACGGCAGUGGAAAUGAACGCUGGGGUCAGAAUGUCUUGGCAUUCAGCAGGUAGACUGGGAAGGAAGGGGAAGGGGGAUGAUGACAUUCACAUAACCACGAAGAGUUUAUAAGGGUAGAAAAUGACACUGUUUUACUGCUCUUGUGAUUCCAACGUGGAAAUCGUUGAUUUAGGGGUUCCUACAGAAGUUAGAAAUAAGUAGGAGGCUGCUUUCCCCAUCUUAUGGAAAGUACACAACUAUCUAGUUUUUGUUGUUGUUGUUCUGAAAAAGUGAAUGCCAUUUGUUUGCUUGGAAUAAAGUGAGAGGUGGAGUUGCA